GCAUUUCGGUCAUUCCAAGCUACCUCGCGGGUACAUGCCAUUGCGAGUCCACCUCUAUGUAGCAACUUCUUUGCUCGGAGAUCGCGAGCCCUAUUCCUGUGUCGCCCCGUCCGAAUCGGUCAUGCCUGAUUCUGCUUCGUUGACUCCAAGGCUCACGUUUUGCAAACCAAUAGCGUAGCGGAUUCUCACCUUGUUCCACCUCGUGCGGGGUUAGCUUCACGGCCGUGCCUGCGUUCGCAUGGAGCGAGCAGUGCAGCAAUGCCGCAGCGUGAGUAGUAGUGCUCCCAGCGGGCAACAUGACACUUGGACGGUUUGCCCGUCCGUGGCUGAUGUGCUGAGCCGCUUGCUGCGAUAUAAGGGGCUAGCUUAGCGGAUUCUAAUUCCGAAGCAUGUUACGCUUUCUGGCCGCUUUUCUGAAUCCUACUUCCAAUACUUCUCAGGUCAGUCCUGCUCGCCUCACCAUGGCGCCUCUCAUCUCGUCCUUCAACGAGAAUGUCCGUCCCAUGCUAGAUGCGAUCGACAAGCUCCGGCUUCUAGGUCUGAAGGAAGAGGGGAUCGAGCUCCCGACUAUCGUUGUGGUCGGUGACCAAUCCAGCGGCAAGUCGUCUGUCCUGGAGAACCUGUCCGGUAUUAGCCUGCCGAGAGGCAAGGGGAUCGUCACCCGAGUGCCUCUGAUCUUGAGGCUGCAGUCUUGUGUGAAAGGGAAGGAUAUGAUAACGAUUGAAUACACCCCCGUUACUGGUAAGGUUUCCAAAGUCUUAUCUGACGAAGAGAUGAUUGAGGAGGAGAUUUCCGAGGCGACAAUUGCCUUAGCUGGGAGCAGGAAAGGCGUCAUGAAUUGCCCGAUCACUCUGCAAGUGCAGCGGCCCGACUUGCCUGACUUGACCCUGGUAGAUCUGCCUGGAAUUACCAGGGUGCCUAUUGAAGACCAGCCGAAGGACAUCUACAAUCAGGUCAAGAACAUGAUCAUGCACUACAUCACUCCGAAAGAGAGCGUGAUUCUCAACGUCCUUGCAGCUGAGGUGGAUUUCUCCACGUGCGAGUCCAUCGUCAUGUCUCAAGAGGUUGACAGCGAUGGUGAUCGCACCCUGGCUGUCGUCACCAAGGUUGACAGGGCUCCUGAUGGCCUCUACGAGAAGAUCCAAGGCAAUUCAGUUCGAAUUGGGCUUGGAUACGUGUGUGUCAGGAACAAGACUGAUGCUGAUGCUUCUCAUGACGAUGCAAGAAGGGCAGAAGCGGCUUUCUUCAACAGCCACCCGGAAUUGAGCCAGAUUGAGUCCCAUUGCCUGGGAAUUCCAGCCCUUGCUCAACGCCUGACGGAGAUCCAAGCCAAGAGGGUAGCAGACAGCAUCCCAAGGAUCAGGCAGGCCAUUCAAAAGGCACUUGUUGGUAAGGAGAAUGAAUUGCAGACGAUUCCAUUCGCUGCAACCUCUAAUGCUGCAGCGCUGGGCGUCAUUUCAGCAACAAUUCAGAGGAGGCGAGAUGUGAUGAGUGGUGUCAUCAGUGGAAAGUAUGGCUCGUUUCAGAGCGAUGAUGCUAUGCACUAUGCUGCAAGGCUGCACGAGAAGUUCAACGAGUUUGAGGUUCAGAUGCGGCGAGUUCUUCCCGACUUCCUUGGAGCAGACUACACUGAAAGGUGCAAGGAGGCUUUGAAAGAAGUUGCUGGCAUUUCUCUUCCUAACAUGUUUGAUCAAGCGGUGGUGAAGCAGCUUGUUCAGGAGGUGGUUGACAGUAUUGAAGCACCAUGCUUCCUUCUGGUGAACGACUGCUUUGCCUAUGCAGCCGAGGUUCAGCAAGCGGUGGCAUCACAAGUCUGUGGGAUGUAUCCUGGACUGAACAACGCGGCUCACCUUCAAGGCCUGAAUGCUCUGAGGAAGGCAAUGGAGUCAGCGAAUCGCUUCUUAAAAAACCUGCUGACGAAGGAGGAGGAGGUGAUCUUCACGCUCAACCACUACUAUAUGGACACGGUGUCUGAAAUACACAUGAAGAUUGCUGAUUACAAGAAAGCGCAGUCUGGUAACCAGGAUCAAGGCCCCCCUCCUGUUCCUGAUGUUGGUGAUUUCGCUUCCAGUACCGCUUCACUCGCUAACCUGUUAAGCAACGACGACCAGCCCGCAAGGGAUCUGCAGAUCAACAUGUUCUCCUAUGCCAAGGUGAUGCAUAAGAGGCUGUGUGACGUGAUCCCAAUGCAAAUCAGGAUGUGUCUCAAGAAUGCUCUCCUUGAUGGCACCGAUGGUGCUGUGUGGCGGGAGGUUCAUAGCGGGGAUAUCUCCAAGAUUGCAGCUCUGAAGCAGGUCGAUCAGCAACGUAGGGCUCGAUUGGAGGAGAGCAUUACAAGGCUGAGAGCAUCUGAAUCUACACUACUUGGCCUUGCAUUUGAUGGUCCUAGCCUGCUAGCCUAGGUCUAAAAAAUCUUCGCUGAAAAAGGUGAUAUUGUGAAUAUGUUUGUAUGCUGCUAUUUUCAU